AUGGCCACCACUCUCUUUUCCGACGAGCCUGAUGCGGCCUCCACGGCCGACCAUGGGUUCGACCCCUUUCUGACGAGCCCCUCGGGACCGACCCAUCUACGGCACUCCAACUUCGAUACGAAUCUCUUUGCCCUGGCCCCCGGCUCUUCCGCAGAGCAGGUCAAGCGAGCGAUCCAGGCGCACAUCCAGGACACGGAACGGCGGAUGGAGGAGGCAGGGAAGCUGGGUACUGCGCUGGUUCAUCAACAAAAGCAGCUCACCGACAAGCUCCGCGAAGUCGAACAGCUUCAAUCCGAAGCUGAGCUGAACCCUGAACUGCGGCAGCGUCUUGUUGACAUCGAGAAGGAUUACAAUGAGGUCGCACGAGACAGCGCUCGGGCUUUGCUGCCCAAGCAGAGAAUACCUAGCAACGAAGCACCCGCUUCGCCGUUCUCUCCUGACAAGAGUGUCGCAAGGCGUUCCGUGAGUCCUUCCAAGUUCGAGACCCUCGCUGCGCCCUCGCCGACCAAGUUCAGCGUCCCGAAUCGCAAGUCCCGCAACCAGCCCUCGAAUAGGAUUCACGACAUCGAGUUUGCUGCCGAAAUCAGCACUUCGUUGAUUGCGCAGGUGCGGAAUUUGCAAUCCUUGCUCCAGGAGCGGGAGGAGGAGAUCAAGGAGGUCAAGGCGGAACGGUCCCAGCUGGAGAUCGAAGCCGAGGGGUUCCAGCAACGGCUCAAGACUCUGGAUGAGAGUGAGAGCCGGUACAAGGAUGAGAACUGGAAUCUCGAGACCCAGAUCCAUGAGUUCAUCGCGGGGCAGAAGGAGGCGGCCGAUCGUGAGAAGAAGCUGACGCAGACCGUCAACAUCAUCCAAGCCGAACGAAACUCCACGCAGAGGGAGCUGGAGGAAGUCAAGGACAAUCUCGCCAAGCAGGACGAGAAGCAUUCUGCCGAGAUCAAGAACCUGGAAAUCGAGCUUGGAACUAGUCGCCGAACCGCCGCGGUUUUUGAAACGGAGCGCUCGGCACUCCAGCGCAAGGUCGACGAGUUGACCGGUCAGAACCAGGAGUUGGCCAAGGCUUUCUCGGCCCUUCAGCGCGGGAGGGCGCUGGAACGCGAUGGGCCGCUCGGCGGAAGCGAGGAGGACUCUAACUCUGCCCCUGACCACAACACCCCCGAGCACUCGCCGCCCCCGUCACCGAUGAAGCCGACGCCUCGCCACUCUGGGCUGGAGUCUGAGACGCUUAAGACGUCUCUCGGUCACGCUCAGCGUACCAUCCAGACUCUCCGCACCAACAUCCAUCGCGAGAAGACCGAGAAGCUGGAGCUCAAGCGCAUGCUGCAGGAUGCCCGGGACGAGAUUGAAAAGCUUAGGACGGAGCCGAACCCCGGUCCCAAGAAGAGCCGCAAGUCGGACCAGCGUGACAACAAGAAACCGUCUUUCAAACUGAACCAACUCGGCGUCGCACGUGCCAGCAGAACUGAGGUCGUCGAUGAUGAAGAUUGGGAGGACCAGUCCGAGGCUGCGUCCCCGGGCCUUCUCUCGCAUCGCGCGUCGACGAUUCGCCUCUCGGGCCACGGCGCUGUCCCUCACGAGUCGAGCAGCGAUCAGUUCGAGACGGCCAACGAGACCAGUGAUGCCGCCUUCGAGACCGCACACGAGCGGGGGACCGAGACGGAGGACUUCCAGACCGGCGCCGAGGAUCUAUCCGAUGGUGCGGCAACCGAGACAGAGGCUGGCCCGUCCCGCAGCACCCACUCGAUCAAGCGCCCGCCCCCCUUGCCGCCGCAUCAGUCCAGCUACUCGUUCGACAGCACGGCAUCCACCUCGAGCGAAGACGAUGACUACCCGGUCUUUAGCUCUGAAAUCCGGACACCCUCAGCCGGUCCGAGGAUGAGGAUGCGCAUGAGUCGCAGCUCUCUGACUAACUCUCUGCCUCGCCGCUCGCGCCACUUCAGCGAGGAACCUGGUUUCCAGGACAGCCAAUCCAGCCUCACUGACACCAACGCCUCGGGUACUCCCGGUGGGCAGAGUCUGUUUGCUGAGCUCAACGACCUCGACAACAGCGACGAUGAUUCGUUUGCGGGUGCGGCCAGUGCAAGCCCAAGUCGGAGGAGUGUCCGUUCGGCGACGCCUGGUACCCCCCAUAGCAUGGCUCGGGGCCGCGCCUCGCCGGUUCCUGAACUUCCCGCGAUGCCCAAGAUUAUGGUUGAUAGCGGCAUGAUGACCGAGCCCAUGGACUUUGGCUCAUUCCUCCCUACCAUUGUCAACGGUGACGAGGACUACGAGGAACUGCACCGGCCGAUGUCGAUGGAGUCCGUCAUUAUUAGGUCUCGCCAAAUGCCGCCUUCGAGGGAUGGAGAGUCGUCCAGGUCGCUCUUUUCCAGCUACAGCGACGCUGGCGCUCAACACUCUCCGUUCGUGGGCUCGAGCAUCUCCUCUAUCCAGGCGCUGCACAUUGAGCCUCACCCCGAUUCGGACCGUGCCCUGCCUCCACAGCCGUUGGGUAUUUCUUCGAUCCUAUCCGCGCACACGGAGCCGGUCUCGGAGGUGGUGGAGUUGCCGGUCCUCUCCAUGGCACGCCAUGUCUUUGAGCAUAUCGAGCCAGUGAUGGAACCCGAGGUGCCACUGCCAGCUCUCAGUGCGCCGGCCAUCCUUUCGCAGCACAUCGAGCCGGUAUCCGAGCCCGAAGCCCCCCUCCCGGCGCCGCCAACACUCAGCAUACCGCCGCUGUUUGUGUCCCAGGAGACCCAGCCGGUGGCCGAGCUAGAGCCGCCUCUGCCAGCGUUGCCGACGCUCAGCAUCCCACUUGUGCUCUCUCAGCACAUUGAGCCUUCUGCUCCUGCGCCUGUGCCACUUGGCUUCUCGGCGAUACACGCGAGAGACGUUGAGCCGGUUUCUGAACCCGAGCCGGCUCCGCCCACCCCAAUUGCCCUGUCGUCGCCGGCUAUUGUUUCCCAGCACGUCGAGCCCGUGGAAUUGCCGGAGCCGGAGCCGGAGCCGGAGCCUGUUGUGGAAGAACGCUCGGUGCCCAAGGUUGCCGCCGCUGUCCUGCCGGUGCCGGUGCCGGCGCCGGCGCCCCUGUCGUUGUCCUCGAUCUUUUCUGAGCAUGUUGAGCCGAGGAGCGAUGAACCUGCGUCACCCGCCAAACUGUCCGUUUCAUCCAUCGCUUCGGAGAACGUGGAGCCUCGGGGCGAUGAGCCGGCAUCACCAGUCAAACUGUCCGUUUCAUCUAUCGCCUCGCAGCAUGUCGAGCCCCGCCACGACCCCAAGCCGGCUCCGCCCUCGCUCAACAUGUCCAAUGUUGAGUCUUGGGGCAUUGAGCCCGUGGACACUCCCGUCGUUCUCUCGGCGCCACUCUCAUUCUCCAGCAUCGAGGCUCAGAACGUUGAGCCUGUCCAUGUCGAAGAGGAUGCGGGUGCCAAUAUUGCGGCGGUGUUGAGCCUCGCGGGUAUUCAUUCGCUGCACACCGAGCCCGUCGAGCCGCGCAGCCCCAAGAGGAAUGCGUUCAUCAUCCCCCGCGAUGCAGAGAACGGCAUCAACGGCAUCAACGGCAUGAUCAGAGAAAAGCUCCAGCCUCCCGAUAUUACUGGCUUGGAGCGGCAGCAGUCCAUGGGCAGCCUGGCCACGCCGUCCACCGUCCGGAUCCACCGGCCGCGCCAGGAAAGCUUCGACAGCCCCAACCACCCCAAGGGAUUCACUUCCGAUUCUGGGAGCGACAUCCUCGAGGCGCCCCAGCCCCGGCGACCCGGCAGCUCGACCAGCGGCAUGGCCUCUAUCUACGAGGUCCCGCCGCUGCCCAGCAACCACAAGGAAGCUAUCGAGGCGGCAAGGAGCAACUCCUCGCACGGCGGGCAAGGCACAAUCGGCAGCAUGGGCCCGCCGUUGUUCCCUGCUUCCGCUCUCAAGCCCCAGAACCAGUCUCUCCGCCCGCGAACCCCUACCGGCUCUCGACGCCCCACCUCUCCCAUCUCCGUUGCGACUGGGCGAGCCACGCCCACUCUUCGCGCCGGGGCCGCCCGGCCCGGGUUCACGCCCGGCACCGCCGAUGUGCACGACACGGUGUCACUCUCCAGGGCCACGAUGCGGAGCCGCAAGUCGUCCAUCUCGUCCUUCACCUCCGAGGUUGACACCCGGUUCAACAUGCAUCCCAUGGGCGGGUUCGAUACCCAGGGCUUUGGGCCCAACACCGAUCCGCGCAUGAUCCAGGCCAUCACGCAGACCAUGAUUGGCGAGUACCUAUGGAAGUACACACGCAAGACCGGCGGGCGUGGUGAGAUGUCGGAGAAGAGGCAUCGCCGAUACUUUUGGGUGCAUCCGUACACGCGAACUCUGUACUGGAGCGACCGCGACCCUUCCGCCGCCGGGCGCUCGGAGCUGCGGGCGAAGAGCGUUCCGAUCGAAGCCGUGCGGGUGGUCGCCGAUGACAACCCCAUGCCGCCCGGCCUGCACCGCAAGAGUCUGAUCAUCGUCUCCCCCGGCCGGAGUGUCAAGUUUACGUGCACCACGGGCCAACGACACGAGACCUGGUUCAAUGCUCUGUCGUAUUUGCUGCUUCGCACGACAGACGAGACGCACACGGAUGCCGAGGAAUUGGCUGGUAACAUUACGAGGGAAGACGUUGAGGAAUUCAACCCGUCGUUCGGCAAACGCCCGGUGAAUGGCAGCCGGGCACCGCCGUCCCUCUCAUCCUACGGCUCCCGGACACCCAAGGACUCCCCGACGAUGGAUGUCUCGAUGAGCGUUCCGACGCUGACCCCCUCCCGGUCCAAGGCAUCGCAGACCCGUCCGUCGUAUGGCACCCUGAGCCGGUUCAGCGGGUACUGGAAGGAGAACAAGAUCUCGGGAACCUUCAACAGCAUGCGGAGCCGUAGUGCACAGGGGCGUCAUUCGGCGCUGGGGAUCUACGAGACGAAUGAUUUGCAGGACAGCGCGGAGGAUCUCAGGGAGAUGAUUGAGAGGCAGGAUCGCGAGGCCGAUCGUCUCGAGAAUGUUCGGGCGUGUUGUGAUGGCAAACAUGAUGUCGGCACUCUUCACAGCAGUGCCAAAAAGGGGGGUCGCCACUCGGUUGCCGGGUUCCGGUCGCCGACUCCCUCCGCGACCGCUGCCGCUACACCAGCCGGGACGGUCAGAUCCCGGGCCUGA